AUGUUUCCAAUCCAAUCGCACACUGUACACCUCGUUCUUCAAUAUAUAUCUCCCCCAUCUCUCUUGACUGAACCCCUGCCACCGCACUUAUUGUCUAGAUCUUUGCUUCAACGACACCAUUUCCUCCAGAUCUCACCUGAUAACCCCCUCGAGUAUCUAUGUUGGCCCUCACCUCAAAGUGCCCGUGCCAUAGAGCUCCUCAAUAAUGCUUUCACAUCCCCUUCAGAUCAGCCGAAACAUUAUCACGUUCGGUACACUUCAGAUUCUGAGCACACUUAUGCUCAUGUGCAGGUCGUCCUUUACGAUGAGGGUGUCCGCAUGCUCUUCGAGUGGGAUGAUGAAGAUGGAUGGAAAUAUCAUGACAGUCAGCUGAUGCCUUUCCCGUCCACAUCACGCUCUGUGUUAGAACCGGCAUCAUCAACAGUGGAGCUUGAACGGCGCCCCGCCGUAACUCGUGGUUUUCUAGACGAUGAAGAUCAUUACUGGAACGCAUACAGCGCCCCACUCAUCGAAUCAAUUUCCGCUUUAGCACCGCGCAGUGCUUUCAAGGAUGGCUUUGCUGACGGAACAGAAGAUGCUUAUUGGGCACAGUAUUCAUCUGUACAAGGAUCUGCCGACUCCACGGUGCCUUCCCCUCUGCCGAACCACCGGAAACUACAAACUGCGCCUUCAACAUAUCAUACACAGCAAGACGAGGCUAUACUCAUACCAGCUGAUUCUAUACAUUCUUUGCCACUGCCCGACAGUAAGUUUGGGCCGCCAUCGCCUACUAAAUUGGCACAUCUCCUUAAUAUUAUCUCCCCACGCAAAGGCACCUACACACCCACGUCAAACGAACCGCCAUCAGCUUUCGACCGUGAUACCCCAUCACCACUCUCAACUUUGGAUGAUUCAGACCUCGUGACCCCCGCGUCUGGGAAUCCGGGUCAAGAUGCCCACGCUGCUUCAUCCGUGAAAGUCAACUUAAAUGACUUGUCAUAUUCUAACGGCCGGCAUGCAGGGAACGAACAAGGUGAUGAAGAUGGCGACCAGUUUGCUGUCGAAGAGGACAAGGCAGUAACUGAAAGUAUCAAGGGCAUAUACUACCUGUGGAGGGCGAGGAAGUGGAACCAGCCAGACGAAGAGAGCAGCGACGCGUUCCUACGCAUCGUCCGAGCAGCUGUAGCUCAGCCAUGAUU